AAAAACAAAUCUUCACGUCUCUCUCUACAUCUCCAACUCUCACAUAUAUGUCUUCUUCCACUAACCACUUCCCUUAUAAAUAAUCCUCUGACUUCACUCUCCAUCUUUAAUUUAGAUCAACACCAAUCACAACAACCAACACUUUUAUAAUGAAAAGACAGAGAAAAGAUAUGGAGGAAGAAGAAGGCACGGAUAAUGAUCACUCAUUGGCUGCUGCAGCGAUGGAGGUUGCGGUUGCCGCAGCGGCGGCUGCAGCCACGGAGGAGGAGGAGCAAUGUUGGGGCGGUGGAGUUGUGGAGGAGAUGUCGUGGAGCUCUGUGUGGUUGCCUUUUUGGGACGUUGAGUUCGUUGGAAGAAACUAUGGUGUCUUGUUCAAUGAUGUUGUUUGGGACGAUGAUAUUUGGAACAUCCACAACUUAGCUCAUUCCUCAUAGUCAUACUCCUUACUCCUUACCUUUCCUUUUUCCCUUUUAAGAACAAUAAUCGGAUUUAUAGUUCUCUCUAUAUUAACUUCCUUUAAUUACUUUAUGAGUUGGUCCGUUUUAAAAACUAUGUUCAUAUCUUAAUAUACUUUAGUGGCAUAAAUUUAUAUACGCCGUGCGUUAGCUUGUCUGAAGUUGGAUUCUUUAACCAGAUUCCAAAAUAUUAUGCCCACGUUAAG